UGGCGGGAACCGGCCGGCGGGCUCGAGCGGAAGUCACCGGUUCGUCAACAAGGCGGCGGCUCCUCUCAACGCGGGCGAGUGAAGUAAACCGUGAGGGAGGAUUUACUUGGUGCCCGACAGAACCCUCUUGCCCUGCCCUGCCCGCCCGCGCCAUGUUUUCUGAGCACGCCGCCCGCGGAGAGCGGACGCUGCUGUCGGCGUCGCUGCCCGAGCAGCACGGACCCACGUUUGAGCGGCUGCCCCCGGCCUCCUACACUAACUGCUCGGCCUGCUUCACCCUGGGCGAGCGCCACUUCAACCGCCAGUACGCCAGCAUCUACGCCUCCCGGCUGAAGCAGAUGAGACCCGCACUCAUCGAGAGGGCCAAACUGAAAUGGGGAGCAGAUGUGGCAGUGAAGAGGUUGUGUGAACUGCAGGUCAAGGAAAAAUGUUCUGUGAUUGGAACUCUCUUCAAAAACAUGGAGUUGAAACCAUCCAUCUUGCGUGAAAUUAGUGAAGAGCAUAACCUGUUACCGCAGCCAGCGCGUGCAAAGUACACGGACCAAUUAGAUGAGCUGAUUCUGGAGGAUGAGUUACAACGCAUCAAACUGGAGGGCAAGAUCGAUAUUCAGAAACUUGUUACAGGGGCAGUUAUUGCAUUAUUUGGAGCAGAGCAGGAUAAUGGAAAGUUCCUUGUGGAGGAUCUUUGUACCUCGGAUAUCCCACCACAGCAGCAACUCCCAGUAUCGGACACUGAUAGGUAUGUUUUAUUGGUUUCGGGCCUUGGCUUGGGUGGAAAGAAUGCGGACAGUCUUCUCGGUUUGCAACUUCUCAUUGACAUGGUAACGGGACAAUUGGGAGACGAGGGCGAGCAGAGUAGUGCUGCAAAAAUUUCCCGUGUGAUUUUGGCAGGAAACCUUCUCAGUCGCAACACCCAGAAUAAAGAUUCUUUCACCAAGGCAAAAUACCUAACAAAGAAGACACGGGCUGCUAGUGUAGAAGCCAUUAAAAUGCUGGAUGAAAUCCUGGUGCAACUGAGUGCCUCAGUUCCUGUUGAUUGCAUGCCUGGUGAAUUUGAUCCAACAAAUUAUACGUUGCCACAGCAGCCUCUGCACCAUUGUAUGUUUCCACAAGCUGUUACCUACCCCACGAUGCAGCUGGUCACCAACCCUUACCAAGCAGAUAUUGACGGAGUCAGGUUUCUGGGUACAGCAGGACAGAAUGUGAACGACAUAUUCUGUUAUAGCAGUAUGAAUGAUCACUUGGAAAUCCUGGAAUGGACUUUAAAGAUUGGCCACUUAAGCCCUACUGCGCCUGACACACUUGGAUGUUACCCAUUCUACGAAACUGACCCGUUCAUUAUCAAGGAUUGUCCUCAUGUUUACUUUUGUGGCAAUGCUCCGUCAUUCAAAUCAAAAAUCGUCAAAGGUGUAGAAGGACAACGGUUGCUUUUGGUUACCGUCCCAGAAUUUGCGACCACACAAAAGGCCUGUCUGGUGAACUUGCGGACUCUUGAAUGUCAACCUGUCAGCUUCUCUGCUUUCUCUGCUGAGGACGACAUUGGUGAAAUGGACAUCAGUCACUGAAUGCACAAAUGGUUUAAAUUUCUUUGGACUUGGAAACUGGUUCUGUUCCUGUCUGUCGAAGCACGCUCUGCAGAAUGCUAUGAUGCACUUCAGUGAGCAACUAAUGUCCUGUGCAUCUUUCACGGUUGGUGGUGACAUUUGGAAGAAAUGAUUUGUCACCAUUUUUGUUUUGAGCCUGUUGCUUCUCCUGAAGUACCGUGCCGUAAUGUGGAGAGAGCUGAUAUUUUGUUAAACUCUAAAAUUGAUCAACGAGCCUCUUAAUCUUGUCUCAUUGGUUUGUUUUCAAAAUACAAGAUAUGAUUUUAACAUGUAAUGAGAGACCUUACUAUUUGUCUAGUUAACAUUAAUGUGCUGAUAUUCAAACUAUCCCUGGGGAAUAGUUUACAAGAGUCAAUUUAAGCUAUUAGUGAAAGAAUGUUAAACUUUGGUAAUAGGUACCAGAGUUCUUGUUUUUUUUUAAAAUUUUGGGGUGGUUGUAUUUUUAUACCGUCACUUUUUCUGUGAUUUAUAACACAAUCCUUUUUUCUAUACCUGGUAUAUUUGGAUAUGAAGCAUUUCUGAAAAUAAACUUAAGUAGAAGGUGCUGUUAAUUUCAAUACAGUGUCUGUCUGGUGGAUGCUAAGUUCUUGAAGUAUUUUUUUAAAUAAACAUUUUGUUGUAAAA